AUGAAUCGAUCUAGUAAUUUUCAUUACUUAUUGAAUGUGAGAAAUGUUUAUUUUGUAGUUGUACUAAUUGGGGAUUCAAAUGUUGGCAAAACAAACAUUCUGUCACGCUUUGCAAAUGAUGAAUUUAAUUUGGACUCAAAAGCAACAGUGGGCGUUGAAUUUUCUGCCAAAUGUGUGAAAGUAAACAAUUCUAUAAUCAAGGCUCAAAUUUGGGACACAGCGGGACAAGAGCGAUACCGCUCUAUUACGAGCGCGUAUUAUCGAGGUGCUGUGGGAGCUCUGAUGGUUUACGACAUCACCUCGCGAUCCUCGUUUGAAAAUGUGGAGGGUUGGCUGUCCGAGUUGCGUCAGCAUUCUGACGGCGACAUGGUUGUUGUUUUGAUUGGAAAUAAGUGCGACCUCGCAAAUCAGCGUAGUAUUUCGACUGAUGAGGCUCGUGCUUAUGCAGAAAAGCACAACAUGGCCUUCAUCGAGACGAGUGCCUACGAGCGAACUGGAAUUGACGAAGCGUUUACCAUGGUUUUAAAGCGUUUGGGUGAUAAUCGUGCCUGA